AUGUUGCUCCUGUUCUUCCUCAUGAGCUCCGCCGUGGCUCUGGUGGUGCACGAGCCUCCUCCGCCGCAGCCAAGGACACGCACAGUCCCGGUCGAGGGCUGGUCUUCCAUCAGACUGCACCAAUUCGAUGCGUCCAACACUGACACCUUCCAGAUGCGCUACUACUACAACAGCGAGUUCGCCGCCACCAACAACGUGGUGAUCUUCGUGGGUGGCGAGUGGGCCAUCUCGCCCGGCUGGGUGGCUGGCGGGCUGGCCCACGAGCUGGCUGAGGCGCUGGAAGCCGGCCUGUUCUACACCGAGCACAGAUACUACGGACAGACGAGGCCCACCAAUGACACGAGGUCAACGGAGCUCCGGUUCCUGACGGUGGAUCAAGCGCUGGCAGACCUGGCGCAGUUCAUCCAGUACAUUCGGAGCGAUCGGUUCGACGGUGGAAGAUUCAGUGGUGGCAAAGUGUCUCUGGUCGGCUGCUCUUACGCCGGCAGCAUGGCCACGUGGAUGAGGCUGGGAUAUCCGCACCUCGUCACGGCUGCCUUCUCCGACAGCGGACCGCUUCUCGCGCAAGAGGAUUUCCCUGAAUAUCUGGAGGUGAUAACGGACGCCCUGCUCAGCCAGGGUAGCGAGGAGUGCGUGGCAAGCGUUGCAGAGGCAAUUGAAAAGGCGGUCAAAAUGCUGGCAGACGAACGAUCAGCUCAAGUCUCCGAAAUGUUCAACACAUGUUCCCCCAUCAACGGCUCCAACCCUCUGGACGUGUCAACAUUCUUCUGGUUCGGCAUCACCGAGACGUUCGCGUAUCUGGUGCAGUACGCCACGCCUGGCGACAUACCGGCCGCGUGUGACGUCAUCACCGAUAUAAGAGAAAGCGAUCCGCUACGGCGAUUGGCUACGUGGGUGAGGAGUCAGCCGUGGACGCAGCCCUGCAUCGAGAGCCGCUACGAGCGCCAAGUGGCUUACCAUACAAACACCAGCUACGACUCCGUCAUGCGCCUGUGGACGUACCAAACUUGUGUGGAGUUCGGCUGGUACCAGACCACCAGCAGUGACCGCCAGCCGUUCCUCUCGACGGUACCCUUGGAGUACUUCCAUCGGAUGUGCAAGGACUUCUUCGGCGAUUACUUCGACGAGGGAGUGUUGCGAAGGGGCAUAGAGAGGAGUAACCUGCUAUGGGGUGGCCGGCGUCACCAGCCGGACGGCGUGAUUGCGGUGGCUGGUGGCCUCGACCCCUGGAUGCCGAUGGGGCCUCUGCCAGAGCACGGCACACCCCUGGCGCCCGUGCAUCUAGUGCCAGGGGUGUCGCACUGCCGCGCGAUCAGGUCCACUGGCGAUAGCGAGACUGAAGAGUUGGAAAGAGCAAAGAGAGCGGUGCUUCGCGGUAUGCAAGACCUGGUAGAGGGAAGACCGCCUUACAGCGGCUCCACUAAAACCACCACCAUGACCAUUGUGGUGAUCACCGCACUUUUGACCCUUAUCGUUGUCGAC